AUGUCAUUAGGUUCUGCUCUCAGUUCAUCCUCUCAUCACUCAAUUUUCGAUUCUCCAACCACCAACAACAGGUAUCAUCGGGAUCCGGAUGAACAUCUCGUCUCGGAAGUAAAUUGGACGAAACUUCCAAUCAAAGAUCCCUCUCAAGAUCCCUUCUUUAUUAAAUUUAAAAUUCUCUCCAAUGAUGAUUCAACCAAUUCCCCUCUUCUUCAUAACAAUUUAAAUGGAUGCAAUGGUUUUAUUCUCUAUUUAACCAACAUGAAAAGUGUUUGGAAAAAACGUUAUGAAAAAACCGAAAUUGAACAUGAUAUUUCCAAAUACUGCAAAGGCUUGAAUAUGAGUGUUUCUUCCAUCGUACAGCAACUGGAACAAUUUCUUCUCGAGUAUUCAUCCCGAUCCGUACAAGAGCAUCAUCAGCCUAAAAUUGAAUUAAUAGGAGCUAGUGGUCAUUCGGAAUCAAGUGGUACUGAAGAAUAUGAGAGUUUGAUGGAAUCGGUUCAGAGCGUUCAUAUGAGUGCCAUACGCAAACAACUCAAUGGUGUGGUUCUGAAAAUUAAAGCCUUGCUUCCAACAGCCGUGAACAUUCCACUUCCGUUUUAUUGGGAAAUUCAUUGUGAGAGAAUUGAAGAGUGUGCAGCCAUGAGUGAAAAUGAUAACAAGUAUGGAGAGAUUGAUCAUUCUUAUAUAUUGAUUCAAGAUUUUGAAAAUUCACAAAAUAAUGACAAGAAGAAACGUAAACGAAAUGAAAAUAAUGACAAUGAAGAGGAUCAACAAGACUCCUCAGCACGAUAUUUCUAUGAAAAUCGAGAGAGUCUAUUUAUUUGUAAUCAAAUUAUUCGACCCUUGCUGGGAAUUGUUUAUACUCAGAGCUCACAAAUUGAUCAAUUGAAAUCAUUAUGUUUGAAGAAGGAACAAGAAUUGAUUAAUUAUCGACAAAUGUAUAGCAGCACAUCAAAUUCUUCUCAAAAUUCUGCCGACAUCUUGGAUGUUUUGGACAAAAUUUUAAAGCCUUCCAAGAGUAACGAGAUUUGUGACAUUUCAUUUGGUGUCACCACACUACAUCAGUCAUUGAAUCAAGACUCUACCGCAGCAACAAAUCCUCUUUUGCGACAACUCUAUUCACAAUUUAUGAAAUCUUUGAGUUUGGACAAUAGUAGUAUGGCAAGUAAGAAAAAGAAGACUCAGAAUUCUGAACCUCUGUCAGCAACGACAACGACACCUUUAAAAACUUCAGGCCAUUCUCAACAUUUUGAUGUUGGAAAUGAUCAUGGUCUCCUUCCUGAAGAAGAACUCCAUUCAACAUCGUUGGGAACACGUGAAGAGUCUCAAAAACAUUCUCAGACAAUGUCACAACCCUCCGUAAUCAGCCUUUCAGACGUACAUGACAGUCAUGCACCCAUACCAACUACUGUAGAUAUCACCCAUUCCAUUCCAACAAGUCAACGAUCGGAAUAUAUCGAAACUGAGGAAGAAAAACGAAGAAGGCAAGAACUCGAAGAAAAGCUCAAUGAAAAACGAAAGAAAAAACAAGCCAAUGAACAGAAAAAUAAAAUUAAGAAGGCUUUCAUGUAA